AUGGACGUUUCGAAUUACGAAUACUUACGGUAUCUGGGGAUACAAAACGAAAUCAAGAGAAGAAAGGUGCAAAAGAAAAUCAGCAUAUAUCAUGUAGUCGACCUUUUGAUCCUGGUCUUGCUGUUCUUGGGGUGCUACCAAUUUGAUGUCAAGCAAAGUUACCAAAACGAGAAGGAUAUGUUUUACAGUUUUUCCAAAUCAUUGGUGGAUUUAUUCUGCCUAAAUGUGUUCAGAAUAUUUUAUACCAUAGGAUUGGUUUUGUUUUAUGCAAGAAUAAGUGUUUUGAAGACCUUGGAGAAGGUGGAUUUCUUUUCGAGACACUUCACAGGAAUAUUGAUCAUCGUAAAUACCCUGAAGAUAAUAAAUUUAGAAUAUAACCUGAUCAAUGGGGUAGAACCAACAGAUCAGUACAAGUCCGUUUUUGUGGGCAUCGUCAGGGGAGUUAUUAUGUUGUACAGCUUGUGUUCCUCCAUUUAUUUUUAUUUUGCGCAUAUUCAGCUGUGCACCGUGAAAAAGAGAAAUAUCCUUGCGAAGGAUGAGUUGGAGAAAAUACUUGUGAAAGAGUUGAAAUGUAAAAAGUACCAAAUUUUUGGUGCAAAGGGAGGAAGUAAUUUGCAGGAGACGGACGCAAGUUCGAUGAAUAAUGAUUCUACUCCGACUGACUGUAAAAGUAUGCCCUAUUGGAACCAGCCGUACAGUAAACUGAGCGAUUCAGACGAUGUGUUCAAAAGCACAAAGAAGCAGAAGAGCUGGUGCAAGAAGAAAGUUGCGCAGAUGGGCAACACAUUCGGUGAAAAGAACGUAAAGGAGGCCCUUCUGAAGAAAAAGAACUACCUCCCCUAUAAGAAGAUAGAAGGAGGAAGUGUUAGUGUUAACGGUGGAGGUAGUGAUGGGAAGAAUGGCACUUCCUCUGGAUCCACGUUGCCACCCACCUCUAACACCAAUUCGAACAUAAGCUUCUUGGAGGACAAGCUGACGUACAAAGAAUUUAGCAACAUUCUUCUACCCUACUUGUGGCCCAGCAGGAGAGUAGACCAAAAGGGGAACAGCCUAAUUCUCCGCACAUAUGUUGUUAUGAUAUUUUUGCUCAUUGUCCUUUCGAAAGUGUUUAGUGUAGUGUGUCCAAUAUACCUAGGAUUGGCUUCGAACGAAGUGUUGAACAAGGACAUGAAGAAAUCCCUGUUCUACCUCAUUAUGUACGUUAGUUUUUUCUUCAUUUCAAAAUUUUUAAAAGAGAUAUGUGGGAUUUUAUAUUCACAAGUACAGCAGUCAGCUUUUAUUGAAUUACAGGAAUCCAUUUUCCAGAAAUUUCACAACUUAUCCUAUGAGUGGUUUUCAACGAAGAAUGCAGGUGGGAUCAUGCGCAUUGUGGACCGAGGAACUGAAAGUGCCAACGGCUUGAUGAACUCAUUGUUGAUGUAUAUUAUACCAGCCACUAUUGAAGGAAUUGUUACUUGUAUUAUUUUUGUUAUUAAAUAUAAAAAUAGCCUUCUAGGAAGUGUACUGUAUAUGGGUCUUACUCUAUACAUAUAUGCCACCAUAAAAAUAACGCAGUGGAGAAAGAAGAUAAGGAACAAAGCGAAUAAGAUGGAUAACGUCUACCAUGACAUUGCUCAUGAUUCUUUAAGUAAUUACGAAAAUGUAAAAUAUUUCAGCAAUGAGAAUUACGAAAUUAAAAGGUUUUGUAGUGCAUUGUCUAAUUAUAAUAGAUAUAAUUUAAAAAUCUUGAACAGUUUGGGUGUACUUAAUAGUAUACAGCAGUUCAUAUUAAAUGGUACUUUAUUUUUCACACUGUUUUGUGCUAUUCGUAUGAUUGUAAAUGACGGAGCGGACAGUGGCACUUUCAUCAGUGUGAUAGUGUACACGUCUAAUGUGUUUGCACCGUUAAGCAUACUAGGAACGCUCUAUGCAAAUAUAGUAAAAUCCUUUACCGAUAUAAGUGAUUUGACGGAUAUUCUGAGAGAAAAAGUAGAUAUGGCAGAGGAUUCUGACCUGGAAGCAUUCACCCUCACAUCACAUGAGAAGAAAUUUGGGGUCAGCAUUCAAUUUGUAGAUGUCAAUUUUCACUACCCAUCACAACCAAUGCAUAUGGCCCUCAAGGAUGUUAACAUAUAUAUACAACCGGGCACUACCUGCGCUAUUGUUGGCCACACUGGCUCUGGAAAAACAACCAUUUCGAAACUCCUGUACCGAUUCUACGAUGCAGAAGGAGAAAUAAAAAUUGGAGGAAGGAAUGUGACAGAGUAUACAAGGAAUUCAGUUAGAAAUAUCAUCGGAAUAGUUCCUCAAGACACCAUCCUUUUUAACGAAACAAUUCGUUACAACGUACUUUAUGGUAAGCUAGACGCAACAGAAGAGCAAUUAGUGGAGGCUGUAAAAUCCGCUCAGUUGUACGAUUUUAUUAUGUCUCUGCCAAAAAAAUGGGAUACUCUUGUUGGAGACAAAGGGGUGAAACUAUCCGGAGGAGAGAGACAAAGGAUCGCCAUUGCCAGGUGUCUACUGAAAGAUCCGAAAAUUGUUAUUUUUGAUGAGGCAACUAGCUCAUUGGACUCAAAAACGGAAUACUUGUUCCAAAAGGCAGUGGAGGAUUUAAGAAAAAACAGAACCCUAAUUAUAAUUGCACAUAGACUUAGUACCAUUUCGUCAGCAGAGUUAAUAGUGUUGUUAAAUAAAGGAAGGAUUGUGGAAAGAGGAACCCAUCAGCAUUUGCUCAAAUUGAAUGGGGAAUACACGGAGAUGUGGAAUAUGCAAUCUAGAUCGAAUGACCUUUUUACGGAUGAUAAUUUUUCAAAUGACGAUAAUAGGAGCGAUCCUGCGUUCACCGGGCAGAGGGCAGCAGGCAACACUGAGCGCGGGUCCGGUCGUGCUGGCAGAGCUAGCAGUGCAAGAAGUGCCUUCUCUGGUAGUGGGGAACAGGAGGACAACUACCGUAGCCGCAAGAAGGGGAAUGAACAUCUUGACAUGAAGAGUAUCAUAAAGGAAGCUGCGAGGGGUGCCAUCUUGGCCAGUCGUGCUAGCCGUACCGACCGUACCAGCAAGACGAAAGGUAGUAAAGCCAGCAGCAGAUGCAGCUUCAGCAAUACGGCCAGGAGUGUGGCCAGUGCAGGAGGUAGCGAUGUCAACAGAGUCGCCAGCAUGAACAACAUGAGUGGUAUCGCCAAUAUAAGGGACUCGACCAACGACAGAAGCAUCUUCAGCCCAAUCAAUGAAAACGUUAACAACGUACACGCGAGCGUCAAUGAAAACUAUAGCUCCAUAUACGAGACCAAGAAGGACAAUAUGGCCAGCAUUUUCAGGGGUAGUGAAGCCAGCAAUGACACUGUGCAUAGCAGCUGUGGCGACGACAGCAUGAAGAGUGGAAGUGUGCAAGGUGGGAGCGUUCGAGGGGGAAGUGUUCCAAAUGGAAGCGUCCGGGGUGGAAGCGUGCAGAGUGGAAGGAGAAGUGACCGUGGGAGCGCGCACAGCGGUAGGCAAAGUGAUACCGCCUCCAGCAUCAAGGUGAACGACACCGAGCACUUGAGGAACGAAUUGGACAGCAUGCGAAGCAGUAACGGGCAUAUCGAUGUGGCCAGCGUCAGUGUCGGCGAGGUGAACGCAGAACAGGUUAGCGUGGGCACCGUCAGCGGGGGGAACGGUGCAGUAGAUGGUGGGGAACACAUGGCCAUGGAAUCAGUAACCAGCGAGCAUAUUACGGUUGACAGGGGCGAUCAUAAUGGUGCGCCCGACAACAGUGCAUAUAGCAGAUUGCAUAGCGGCAACAGUCAAGUGGAUAACGACCCCAGCCUUAACUGCUACAAUAGUAGCAGCACGAACAACGACCUUGACGUACGUGGAGAGGAAAACAAUAUUAACAAUGACUCGAACACCUUCAGUGGCAGUGGAAGCAAUGAUAACAACAUCAGCACGAACGAUCUGGACAACCAAGACUACAACAAUGGCUUCCACGUCGAGUACCAAGUGGACGUAAAUGGUCCAGCCAACAUGCACAAUGAAGGAAGCACGUACGACAGGGCAGUUGCGAAUGAACAGGUGAACAUGGACGUAAUUGACUCGACAGCUGUGGACGAGUCGACGACUAACAACGCCGCGAUUACUACUAACGACCCCCCCGUCAGUUACGAUUACAAUACCACCGCGGUGGACUAUGACUAUAGUUGCGAUAACGGAGUUGACAACGAUGAUUAUUGA